CUUUGCUUGCCGAAAAGGAUAUUGAGUGGGCUGUGUAGUUUUUGUAAACUUUAGGCUUUUCAUACGUUUUCAGCACAACAUUUCGGUAAUAAGUUGUUCUUUUUAACGUUACUAAUAUUUUGUUAAUCGCCGUAUCAUAUGUGUUGAGACCGAUUGGGACAAACGUACGGUACAGCACGUACUAGUAUCUAGUAUCUCCUGACUUGGAUGGUUGUGCUUAUUAACUUGUAUCCUGUCGCUUUCGGGCAGGGUGCUGUUUUGGACACAAAGACGUGAACACGGAAAAGACUGGUGUUAUUGUGGUUGCGAUGAAUGGGAUGAUGAGAAGAGCUGCGGCCCCUCAGGAGGGGUGUGGAGUGUGGCUGGACACCGCAGAGCUCCGCCUGCUAAGUAAGCCAAAGCCUCGCCUGACGCGCCCCAUUUCGAAGCUGUUGAACCCUUUGGCGCCCUCUGGCGGCUACAGCCUGGCGGUGGCGCUCAACUUCACCCAAACCAGAAUGCAGUUGCCUGCCGCUAGACAGACUUCCAUCAGCUCCUUCUUCCUCCCACAGCACACAAAAGAAAAGGCUGUGGCGUCUUCUGAGCCUUGUGCUGAUCCGAGUCUGUCAGCGGUCCAUGGGGGAACCAAGAGGAAGCAUUGCGCUGAGGAUGUUGAGGAUGACCCUGAUGCUGUCGUCCAUCAAGACGCACAGGACCAACAUGUCGACAGUGACUGUGAGCCUCGUGUAGAGCCAGGCAGUAAGGCUAUGUCGCGGCAUGUUUGGGCAACUCCAGAGUGUCCACAUCUCCUCGACAUGCAAUGUCAGCGUGAGGAAGAAGGGCAAGUUGGAAAGAAGAGACGAGUCUGGCGCAGCCUCAUUCUGGGAGGAACAAACGCAGAGGAGACCCACCAGGAACCAGCGGUUGAUUAUGGCGAGCCUAAGGAAGAACAUGUGGCAGAGUCUGCUGCGGUGCCGUUAGGUGACCUUUUCACGCAGGAUUCUGAGGGGAAUCAUGUACUGGCACACCGGGGUAUCUCCAGAGAGAGGACAAAAAAUGAUGGGUCGUCUCUGGACAAUCUUGGCUGUUCAGUUUUGUUUGGAGUACAGCUGUGUGAGGGAAAUGCCUCCAUCCAGAAGAGGCAAAGAUUCCCCACUCUCAGGCCCAAGAAGGAGGGAAAGGAGAACAUAUCUGCUGAUGCUUGGGGGCCGAGGUCUGGCUUAGGAUCACCUCUGAAACAAACCACUUGCCGUCUUUCUACUCAAUGGCAUAGGAAGGAAAGUUGUCUAACCCCAAGGAAAACUGUCCCACUGUGCCUCCAGGAGGAAGAGGAAGACUCCUUCUCCAAGCUCUUUACACAGGAUUCUCAAGGGCAGCAUGUUAUUGCCCAUCGCAACUUCCAAACAAGAAGCCCAUUGAAGGAUCAAACCAACUGGAUCAGCUGUAAAGGCAUUAGCAACCAUGUCCAGACUGUACGGUUCGAUACGCUGCUUCGGGAGGACAGUGAUGAGGACUUGGAUCCAGAGAUGCUUUUUACUCAAGAUUCUCAGGGGAACAUCGUUAUUAAGCACUGAGAACCACCAAACAAAUUGCAGUGUUAGUGCCAGGAAUGCACAUGGAUUUAGUAAUGGAUCAAUGUUUACAAUAUGAUGAAAGUCAAAUUCUAAACUCAAAUUCUUUCCUCUGAGGGCAGCAGAAUUAUUUUAUUUUAACACUAAGUAACUAAAGUGCAUUAAAUUAACUAAAUGCACUGGGAAUGUAUAUAGAUGGUGAGAUGAAGCA